UGCAGACAGUUUUUUGAUGCUAUAAAUCGAGCACUGCCUCUCCUCUUUUUUGUUUACAUUUCAAGUCUCACUGUAUUUUUAUUAUUUUUAUUUUUAUUUUCAAAUUUCAAUCAAAUGAAUCGCUAUAUUGAAUCCGAAGGCUUUGAGACCAUCUCGCCGUGGCAAAAUUUACCAGACGAUAUCCUUCGGUUGAUCUUUAGGUGGCUAUACCCGACAACUGAUCCAUUGAAGAUGAGCGCCAGGAUACUUGAUCAGAUUGCAAAGUUCAGCAGCCUGGCCUCUGUCUGCAGGCACUGGCGCCGCGUCUCUUUCCCGAUACUCCACAGCACAGCCAUAAUAAUGAUUGACGUCACAUAUGCAGUAGCCCCAAUCACCCGCACACCGGUAAACUCGGCGGGCAUGGCUUCGGAGACAGCAGUCAUCGUGAGGACCAACGCCGAUCUGGUCCUGAAACUUGGCUUUGAAGACUGUGCGCGAGAGCUGCUGGUAUGUAUAGCGGGCGCGUCGUUGUCGCCAGGUGCUCUAUUGCGAGCACUGAACACAGCGGGGCUGAGUCGGACGGUGUGGAUGGGGAUCAGCAGGCUGAGUUUCGGAACGCUUAACCCGGCAGGGUUUUCACAUGAAGACAUAAUGCGCAGCGAAGACUAUGGCAUGAAAGCAACUCUUCGGCUGAAUAAGAAGCUGUCAUUGGCACUGCCAGCGCUGCGCGAAAUCACAUAUUUUGAUUUGUUUUGCAGGACUGUUUACAAUCGGUUCCCGCUGAAUACUUUGGUUAACGAGCGGAUCGGCGGGCCGACCAAACUGUGUGCGCUGAGGUUCUAUGUUGAUAUACCGCCUGCGCUGGGGAAUUGCCAGGGGCAGCCGAUUGAAGUUCCUGUGGUGCAUAUCAGUGGAAUUAAUUUGAUGCGGCCCGUGCGCGUGCCAGUCAUGAUGGCCAGUGCACUUGUAGAACUGACAUUGACGUCGGUUCCCCAGGCUCUCAUUUGGCAGUCAUUUGUCAUGCCGGCUGGUGCAUCCGGCGGGGGCCUUGAGUUUUCUUGUUUGCGGUCGCUCACGCUCAUGUUCUUCUGGCGGUACUCUUUCGGAGCGCCGCCCAGAAACAUGAUGUUUGAUGAUGCCUCGUCUGACGAUAACAGGGACAAUGGCUCGACAACCGGCGACUCUGUCUUUCUGAGAGACGACGAGCAGGAGAUGGCGAUGGGUGACGGAUACAUGGUGUCCUCUGUGUACGGACGACCGCGGUUUCCGGCGUUAGAGAAACUGGACGUGCAUCGGUUUUCGGGUGACACGCAGCGGUUUCUGUCUCUGUUUGCUGCGAGCCCGCUCAAGUCACUGGUUGUCGCCGGGCUGCAGUCAGAGAUCCCGGAGGAUAUCAACUUUGCGGAUUUCGCGAGCUUGGAAAACCUGGAUAUCCGGUAUAUUGGCAUGGAGGGCUCGGCUGUCGGCAGCCAGUAUGUGAUCCGGUCGGUGAUGCAAAUCAGCACCACUGCGCCGACAACCCUGAAGCGGCUCUCGCUGGGCAUGGCCAUAGCAGGCUCGACCAUCCCGUUUCCUUUACCACAGAGCAAUGUCAUGAAUUUUGCCCACCAGCUGCGCUCGCUUCGAAUAUCGUCGUCCGUCGAUCUGCAGGCCACCAUGCUGCCGUUGCUGGCUGGGCUACCCAAUCUCGAAAGCCUGUCGCUGGAAUCCAUUGUUGUUGCGCCUAUACGGUCGAUCGCCCUGUUGAUCCAGGAACUGCGUGACGCUCCCAGAAUUUUACCUGUCAAUGAAUCCGUGCGCAGACUGGCUCUGGGCGUUAAAGAGGGCGCGGAGGGCAUGAGGCAUUGCCAGGCUGUAUUCGGCGGUGCGCUGGAUGUCACUGUUAGUGAUGGGUUGUUCCGUGGUGUUCUGCUCGAGUUGUUGUGCAGACUGCCGGCGGCAGGCAUGGUGAGGGUGCAUGGUGCCUCGGGGGAUGCUGGCUUGCAGAAGGCCACAAAGAUGCUUGUUCUUGCCGGUAUCGUCGGGAAGAGGGCUGAGGAGUUAGGGCAUCUGCGUGAAAUGAAGUUUUUGCCGUGGGAUGCUCAAAAGUGAUUGAAGCAGUUGCCUUUAAUUAUCUUUAU